ACUCCGAGCACCACAAUCCUCAAUUGUCCCACUCCCGGUCUAAUCAAUCACACCAGGGUCCAGGUAGGAAUCAUCCCUUCGUUGAACUCCUUUAUCUGCUUCUACAGCUUCUUUCUUUCUACUCUCUCCUCUUCCCUUCCCAUCGCAUCCAUCAGUCGAGAUCAACGCUAUCCCUGUUUGGCCUCACCACAGCAACACAAAUGGAAGAAUUUAACAUGCCUUCGGCCUUAUUUCAGUACCGCUACCUGUCUGGAGGAUGCGAUGGUGCCUCAAUCACCCCUAUCAUCUACAUACGGACAUCCGUCGUCGCUUGCAGUUCUCUGCUACUUCACGUUAUCGUCAAUCUCGCCAUUCUCACCAUGAUCGCAUCAGCCCUGCCGUAAGCGGCCUUGUAGGGGGCACAAGGACCGCAGUUUGCAUUUCAUGCUACGCCAUUUGGUCCGUGCUAUCGUUCUUUUCCCUUCCCC